AUGGUCCCCAUAAACCCUACUAGGCUUGUUGCUGCCUACCCGUGGGGAAUGUCCCCACACCUUGCUGCUAGCCUCGCUAGUGGGGGAGCUUUCUUCCCUCAUUCGGAUCUUACUGUUGUUGCUGGAAGUGUUGGUUUCCCUUGGGCAGGGGCACCUCAGGCCCCCAAUGCUCUAUUUGGAACGCAAUAUUUUCAACCUGCUACUGCCGCUCAGACUGUGCCACCAGGUUUCUCCUACCCGCCAAUGUGGUUCAACCCGAGCGUGCCCGCACCAAUCGCUCCUGAAGUCUCUCGACCAGCCAGUCAGGCCACUCCUCCCACUGUUGAUCCAUCCAGACUUGCGGAUUACCAGCUCUUAGACGACAAAAUAAGGGGGCUGUAUUUUGAAAAGAUGAUUGACAGUUCAUCAACAAACUUUGUCGAUAUGGUUAUUAUUGGGGAACAUGUUAAAAGUGGGCUGAAAUUUGGGAAGAUAAUAGACACGACCGCGCCGCAGACAGUCAAUAAGAGACCACAUGGGAGCUUCGCAAAGAAGAAAGAGGAGGAAGCAAACGCUAUAAUGGCGAAGGCUCGCCCCCGAUAUCGAGGUCUGAUGGCCCCUAUGCCAUAUUAUCCGUACCAGUACGUUGCCGCAGCUCAAUACCAACAGCCGCCUUUCCAGUAUCAACCGCAGAAGGACAAUCGACAAUCAACACCCGCUCAGAGAAAUCCAAACCAACAAUAUAAUCGAGCACAGAACCGAGGAAACAAUUUUGGGAACCGACCCCAAUUUGACAAAAUUCUGGUGUCGUACUCCGAAUUAGUCCCCUAUCUAGUUCAUGUAGGGGCGGUCAUACCAAAGGAAUUUCCCGUGGCCACUCCUCCAUUCCGCGCCAACCACGAUCCUAAUGCUUCGUGCGUGUAUCAUGCCAAUUUCAUAGGGCACUCUACAGAAAAUUGUUGGGCACUUAAAUGCAAGAUUCAAGACUUGAUAAACCAGAACAUCCUGACCUUCUCCGAAGAAAAACCGAAUGUAAAGACAAAUCCUUUGCCGAAUCAUAGUGGCGUGCCAGUCAACGCCGUGAUUGAAGAGGUAAAUACCGAAGUCAUACUGAAAGUUGAAGAGGUGAAGACUCUGAUGUUUGUUGUAUUACAAAAGAUUGAACAGUUUGGGUUUUUAGAAAAGGUGCAUGAUGAUUGUACAAUAUGUGAGUUUGAUCCAGACAUUUGCGAGCAGUUGAAAGGGUGCGUGCAAUCACUAAUGGACCAAGGGUUAAUACAGUUCUCUAGAGCUCAAGCAGCAGAAGAGGUAGCAGUAAUUGAACCGAUAACAAUUGUAUACAGGAAGAAGAAGGUUGAAGCUCCUCCCAAGAGGAUUCAGCCGAUUCAUUUCCAUGUUCCAACUCCGUUCCCGUAUCAGAAUACCAAGGCAGUGCCUUGGAAUUAUGAGACCACAACGUAUUUGGGAGGGAAAGAAAUCCGCAUUCUUGAUAUAAAGAUCGUCAAUAUCGAUGGGCUGGAGGCAUGA